UGACCUUUACUUGCAAAGGUCAUGUGAUCAAUUUUUAGUUUUUCUAGAAUUGCCUUCUACUGCUUCUGAGAUGCUUCUGGUACUAUCUGACGAGCACAAGGAGCACCUUGCCUUCCUCAGCAAUGUGGCCACAGAUGUUGUGAGGGAGUUCUGUCGGAUCUCGGUGGAGUUCAUCAAGAAGGGCUCAAACCCCAGGGUCUACCAAUCUGCAGCACAGAAGCUAGGAGUGGAGGCGACCACGGUACAGCAUGGGGUGGAGGGACUCAUGUACCUACUCACUGAAUGCUCAAAGAUGCUGAUCAGUGAGAUAGACUUCAAGGACUCUGUAAUGGUGCUCGGCUACUCGGAAGAGCUCAACGAUCAACUCUACCAACUCUACCAAGAGAACUAUCGUGAGAUCCGUAGCAUUCUCUCGAGCAUGGCAAUGGACCUACCUCACUAUCAUAACCUGGAGUGGCGGUUUGAGGUGCAGCUGGCCAGCAGGUCGCUACAGAGACAGACACAACCAAAGGUCCUUCUCAGAAUACACACCAAGGAGGACGAUAAACUGACCACUCAUCUGAUACAAGCUGAUCCUGCUAACCUUGUACACUUAACACAAGUACUAGAGUCAGCACUGGCCGAAGUAAAGACUCAACAUUGUAGACGUAUCAUGAGAAACAUUAAGUAGCUUGACUCUGUUGAUUAGGAUUUUUAUUUGUUUUUGUUGUUGUGUGUAUAAUUAUGUUUUGUGAUUACAUAUAUAUAAUUUGUAACAGAUAAAGAUACCUUUCACUGUG